UCUGAUGGAGAACUCGUCUUCGUUCCCGGCUCUGUCUCUCUCGGGUUUUUCCUUCUCUCCGCAGCAGAGGGCGCUGUUGUUCGCGCUCGUGCUCUUGUGGUACGUCGUGAUCCUCGUGGGAAACUUCGGGAUCAUCUUCAUCGUGGCUCUGGACAAGUCCAUGCACGCGCCCAUGUACAUCUUCCUGUGUAACCUGUGCGUGAACGCGCUUUACGGCACGUUGGGUUUCUACCCAAAGUUCCUCGCGGACCUGGUGCGGCUCGUGCCCGUGUCGUACGGCGCGUGCAUGCUGCAGGGCUUCGUCAUCCACUCGUCCACGUGCGGGGACUUCUCCAUCCUCACGCUCAUGGCGUACGACCGCUACGUGGCCAUUUGCCGCCCGCUCGUCUACCACGUGAUCAUGACGAAGACGCGCGUGUGGCUGCUCGUGCUCGCGUCGUGGCUCGUGCCGCUGACCGCGAUGUUCAUGAACACGGCCACGCUGCUCGGGCGCGCGCUCUGCGGCUCCACGAUCCGGCGCAUCUACUGCGUCAACUGGAUGGUCACGUCGCUGACGUGCGCGCCCCCGCCGGGGAACGUGGCCGUGUCCUACUUCAACAUGCUCUUUUACUUCGGACACUUCGUGUUCGUGCUCUACACGUACCUGUACCUCGUGCGCACGUGCGUGGCGAGCCGCGAGAGCACGCGCCGUUUCCUGCACACGUGCGUGCCUCACCUGGCGUCGCUGUGUACGUACUCGUGCUCCACGCUCCUGGACCUUCUGUACAUGCGCUUCGGCUCCGCGAACAUCUCGCAGCAUCUCUCCAACUUCUUCGCCAUCGAGUUCCUCCUGGUUCCUCCCGUCCUCAACCCGCUCAUCUACGGCCUCAAGCUCUCCAAGAUCCGCCGCGCCGCGCGCCGCCUGCUGCGGGCGGCGGGCGGCGCGCGCAAGGCCGCGGACAGCGGCGAGGACUGA